ACCACCUACCUAACGACCGAAAAGAGGCCGGGUAUUUGCCACGUUCUCAUGGAUAUAAGUGUGCACACAUGCUGAUAGUACACAGCAAUGACAUGGCUUGUCUGAAAAAGGGAUUGUUGGAGCGUUUGGCUGAGGGGAUUGUAGUGGGUGAUGGCAGCUUCAUUUUGACCAUGGAGAAGAGGGGAUAUGCAACUGCUGGUGCCUGGACACCGGAGGCUUGUAUUCUACACCCCGAUGCAGUUCGACAGCUCCACCGUGAAUUCCUGAGAAAUGGUGCUGAUGUGUUACAGACAUUUACAUUUUACUGCUCAGAUGAGCAACUGGCACAUGUUUCAGAUGGCAUUAACAACAAGGGAAAUUUGACUGCAGAUGGAAUUAAUGCUGCUGCCGUUGACCUUGCCAAAGAAGUGGCACAAGAGGGCGGUGCACUUGUUGCUGGCUCGGUGUUCGUUUCCCAAGUAAGCUUCGGGAAAGGCAAGAAGUACUGCCAGGAUGCUUUCAGACAGCAGCUGACGAUCUUCAAAGAUAAGGGUGUGGAUUUUCUUCUGGGCGAGUUUUUCAAUAAUGUGACGGAAGCUGAAUGGGCCAUUGAAACCAUGGUUGAAGUUGGAGUACCAGUGGCUUUCACCAUGCGAUUACCCCCAAGUGGGGAUAUUCUUGGGGUAUCUGUGGCAGAAUGCGCUGUCCGCAUGGCAAAAGCAGGUGCUAGCGUUGUUGGAGUUAACUGCAUCUAUGAUCCAGUAAUCAGUCUAAAAUCAAUUGCCUUGAUGAAGAAGGGCCUAGAGGAGGCAGGACUCCAGACCUAUCUGAUGGUCCAACCAUUGGGCUAUCAUACACAGGACCCUGGGAUGGAGAAGUGUAGGACCUACGCCGCACUACCAUCAUGGCCUUUUGCAAUGGAGCCUCGUGCUUUAACCCGUAUUGAUGUUCAUCGUUUUGCUAGAGAGGCUUAUGAGCUGGGAGUUCGUUACAUUGGAGGAUGUUGUGGAUUCGAGCCACAUCAUAUCAAAGCAAUAGCAGAAGAGCUGGCUGAAGAGCGAGGGCGUCUUCCACCAAGUGCUCCUGUCGGUGGCUCAUGGAAAAGUUUGGGUUUGAGUCACAUCAAGUACUAUUCUAAUAAAACCAAUUGGGAGUAUUGGGAAAACCUGAAACCAACAACAGGACGAGAGCUUGAUGCAUUCACAGAGUUUAUGCCCGAUGACUGAUGAACCGAGGGACUUGAGUUCAGGUGAUGGACACAAAGAUGAACACAAGGUAGCCAGGGUCAAAAUAUUCAUCAAGCCUGCAAGCACAAUAACUGGUUAAGCACAGAAAAAGUACUGCUUAAACAGAAACAGGUUUCCAGCCAAAAUUAAAUUAAGUUUACCCUGUUGUGACUGGUGCCCCACCCAUUUUUUGCUAAGCAAAGAAAUUUGUGAAGCAAUAUCUGUUGCUUAAAGUAACGUUACAGAAUUGGUAAGAAACGUGACCCAGAUGGCCGAUCGAU